UGAAAAAUCUAAUGACUACAGCGUUUAUUUUUUCAAUUUUGAUUCUGUUAUAGUAGCCGUUGCCAUUAGAAACUUUAGGUUUUUCCUUAGUUACUCAUAUACGGUUGGUUAAUGUCAAACAAAAAUCAAAACAAACAGCUGAAUAGAUGAAUUCAAUAUACAUUCGAUUAAUAGUGAAUCAUAUAAAUGGAUGAAAGCAACAAUGAAACUUUAUUUGUUCGAACAAACAAAUCAUUUAUUGAAAAUAGUAUCGAUGACAGUCAUGGUAAUCAAUUCAAACAGCAAUUCAUAAACAAUAAAAUUGAUCUUGAAAUCACCGAUAUCCACAAUGAAGACAAGAAUGAUGAUGAUGAUGAUGCUGAAGUACUAGACGACAUUCAAUGCAGAUCAAUCAAUCAAAAUAACUUUAUUGAUUGCAUGGAAUUCGAAACCAUACCAAUUGAUCAUGAUACUGCAGUGGUUAAUUUGAAACGGAUACUAUUUGGUAAUGCAGCAUUGUCCAUUGGCCCAGAAUGGCUUCAUCAAUAUUUCGAGUUUGAUGCAAUAAAUUCACAACUUUGGUAUGGAUUAGUUCAACAUAAGGGUGGACCUUGUGGUGUUCUAGCAUCGAUUCAAGCGUUUCUAUGUGCCGAGUUUUUUCAUUGGAAUCGUGUGGAAAAUAUUCAAAAUGUCAAAGAUUUACAUAGAUAUAGGAACGAAUGUUUAAGUAAAGCUAUUGGCAAUAUUCUAUGGCAAAUCAAACGUAAAGAUCAAUCAGUCAUCAUUGCAAUCGAAAGUCAACAAAAAAUUCUUGAUGAAACAAAAGAUUUUCGUUUCGAUAAUAUUACAGAACGCCUACGUAUUGGACGAUUUGAAUCCAAGAAAAAACUCAUUGAUUUUUUAUGCCAAAUAUUCAAACAUUCAAAUAAAAAUAUUGGCUGUGUUUCAUUCGUUUAUUCAUGUAUACUUACAAGAGGCAUUGAAGAAAUCCAACAUGAUUAUGAUCCAGGUUCUAUACAGGCAUUAUUAACACCAGAAACAUUGCUCUGUAGCCAAGAAUUGGUCAAUCUUUGUCUGAUUGGCUGUGCUGUAUCGAAUGUUUUCGAUAAUAAUCUGAAAUGCGAUGAAUUAGUUCUUCAAGGUGUGAAAAAACAAUCUAAAAUUGGAUUUCUAACUCUUUAUGAAUAUGGUGGCGGUGCUAAGGUUGGUUCAUGUUAUAAAUCACCAAAACUGCCAAUUUUUGUCAUUCUUAGUGAAGACCAUUUUACGGUAUUAUUUGCCAAAGAUAAAAUCAAUGACGACAAUCAUCAUCAAAUCGAACUCUAUUAUUAUGAUGGUUUAAUGAAUCAAGAGAAUGAAAUACAUUUGACGAUUGACACACAGUCAUGCGCUAUUCACGAUGAUAAACAUCGAUCACCAUUGGAAUGUGUUAUUCAAACUAAAUGGCCUGAUUGCCAUAUAAAUUGGAAUGAUUCAAAUCGUUUGUUUUGAGAAAUGAAAAUUUAUUCAUUAAAAUUGUAGUAAUAAAAAAUU